UAGUCAGUCAGACAAAGUCAAGAGUUUAAAAGUUCCGACACAUGUAGAUGUGUUUUUAAAACCACAUGUUUUGUGCUCACUUAGUCACUUUGACAUCUUCUCCAACCAUAUACACCAAAUAUUUUUCACUCUCUCUCCAUUUUUUUUCUUCCUCUGUGAUUGAUCUUUGUGGUAUAUUCAUUUCAGUGGCCAAGUAGGCCAUGGGAAGGGCUCCAUGCUGUGACAAAUCUAACGUGAAAAGAGGGCCAUGGUCUCCUGAUGAAGAUGCCACCCUCAAAAACUACCUAGAGAAACAUGGCACUGGUGGUAAUUGGAUUGCUCUCCCCAAAAAAGCAGGCCUUAGGCGUUGUGGAAAAAGUUGUCGUCUAAGAUGGUUGAACUAUCUCAGGCCUCAUAUAAAGCUUGGAGGUUUCACUGAAGAGGAAGACAAAAUUAUCUGCACCCUUUAUGACACUAUUGGAAGCAGGUGGUCCCUUAUAGCAGCUCAAUUUCCAGGGAGAACGGACAAUGAUGUGAAAAAUCACUGGAACACCAAGCUAAAGAAAAAGUUCUUGGCAGAAAACACAAGUGUUGCCACAAGCAAUAAUUACACUUACUCUGAACAAUUCUCAACUUUUACUGAUCUUCAACCUCAAGUUGAGGCCUUUAUCUUGGACCAAAAACUGAACUCACCUUGGUUUGGCUCCAACCAUGUUUAUGAUUUGGAACAAACACCAAUUCCAGUUCCUUUUCCAAUGCCUCAAGAAUUUGAAGCUUUUGAUACUGGAAGCAGUUGUAGUAGUACACCACCCUCUAAGGAAGUUUCAAUGCUUUCCAAUGCAGCUUGCUUAGUACAGCACAACAAACAUACACAAUGGUUUGGUUAUGACCACCAUGCAAAUCAUGAGGAUGAUCCAACUUUGCUUCAGGUUGUGCUUGAAGAUCUGCUGAAUCAUGGAUUUGCUUCUUCUAGUAGCCAAGUUGAUCUACCAAAAAAAACUUGAAGGAAAAUAAUUUAAGGGCAUGCAUAUUGCAUGCAUAUGGAAUUAAUGACCAAGUUAUUUAUAUUUUAUACAGUAGUGGUAAUCAAAUACCUCUUACUAGUGUUUAGCUUUCUGAUUAAAGCAGUUGGUUAUAUGUGGAAUUGUGUGAGCUUCUGCAUUGUUUUCAAACUUAAAGAUGAGUGGUGUAUUAUUGGAAGUAUAUGAAAUUAUGCAUGUUAGUCAAGAGAUCUACUGCGUGUCUUUUCUCA